CCACUACUGAAAAUCUCAGCGAAUGACGCAGUCCACAUAUCAGCUUUCAUUCUCCGUCCAUUUAUAGCUGGUACCAGUCUCAACUUGUGUUGGGACAACAACAUCUUGUGACAGUUAUUUUCUUCACGGACAUUUGGACGCAACUAUUAAAAAAUACAUAAGAAAUAGAUGAAAAUUCGUCUGUACAACAGAAAAUUGACUUAAUUUUGUACCGUGAAGGUAUUUGAGUGUACAUUGAAAUUAAAUGACCUCUUUCUUGGUUGCUUGAGAUUCUGCCCCAGUAUUGGGUGUCAUGUCCAGGGACACAUUUUCCUUCAGCUCAGCUGCCUUGAACUCUCUGAGGGUGGAUCGGGAGCUUCAGGAGUGGGAGGACAGACAGCAGACAUUGGCCCAAAUGAGAGCUAUGAACAGGCUACCUGUGUUCCAGCCGCCUGGCACUCCCCAGAGAAAGCAGCAGGGCCUUCAAGAGGUACGCGUCUAUGAGGCCAGAUGCAGAGACACCACCAUCCACAACACCUUCAUGUGUGGGGACAUGAAGGGAGUUUACACUGUGCUGAAGGACCCCUGCAUGGUCAAUGCACUGAUGGAGACAGUACAUGAGGAGAUGGUGUGGGCUCCGGAGCUGGGAAUGUGGACCCUGAGCUCCAAGAUCAAGCAGACGUCUGCAUUACGACUGGCUGCCAGCAGUGGGCACUUUGGCUGUGUGGAGGAGCUACUGUUCCGUGGUGCAGAGGUGGACGCUGACCCUGGUGGAAGAACAGCCAUGCAUGAUGCCUGUAUAGGUGGCCAUGACAACUGUGUCAGGCUGCUGCUAGCCCACGGGGCAGACCCUAACCUGCUGUCAGAGGAUGGCAGCGCACCCCUUCACUUGUGCAACACCGCCCAGACAUUCUGUUGUGCUGAGCUGCUUGUGAAAGGUGGGGCAGAUGUUAACGUGUUAACCCGUGAAACAAAGCUAACUCCUCUCCACGUGGCGGCUCGACUGGGUCUGGAGGAGCAUGUGAAGCUCUUUCUGUCCCAUGGAGCCGGCGUGUCAGCCAAGAACCGUGAGGGCGAGACCCCACUCAAUGCAGCUUGUGGUGGGGCUGAGAGGCCUGCUGAGGCGGGACGGUACCUCCGUGUGGUCCAGAUGCUGCUGGGAGCUGGAGCAGACCCCUGCACUGCAGGCAGGAAGAACCACACACCCCUGCAUAAUGCCUGCAGUAACUGCAGCCCACGCAUCACAGAAAUCCUACUACAGCGUGGGGCCAAAGCAGAUGUGCAGAACUCUGCAGGAUACACACCAAUGGACUGUCUGUUACAGGUGGUGGAGGAUUUCCCAGACCAGCAUCCUGAGGUAGUAGCGCGCUGUCUCCUUAACCACGGCUCCAGGGCUGGAAACAGCUUGAUGUUUAAGCUCUGUCUCCUCUCCCCUGCCACUCUGGAAGUGUUGCUCAACUGCUAUGCCGUGGUCCCUUCCUGUGAAGACUGGAUGGAGUCCAUCCCUCCUAAGAUAUAUGAGGCACAUCAAUUUUUCUUUGACUCUGUGAGGAAGAUGACUAGUCAACCACGCUCCCUGCAGCACCUGUGUCGCUGCACUCUACGCCAACACUUAGGGAAACAUAUUGACUCAUCAAUCAGUAGAUUCGACAUCCCUGUCUCUUUGAAGGAGUAUUUAUUACUUGGGAAUGAUGGGGAGAUUCGGUGAAUGAAGUGGAAGUGGGCAGAAGCCAUGUGAGGGACUUGUAGUUACAAUAACCUAAGGACCUGUUGCAAUACUUUGUUUUCUGUAUUAAUGUAUGAAUAAAGCAACUUUCUAUUUUG